AUGGGUUCAUAUUUGCUUCACUUUACGAAAUGGGAAUCCAUCCGUCGUGGAGAGGUCAGGACUCAGAGACCUUUGAAGCUAGCGCAGGUUCCAAUCAAGGAUGUCAAUUCCAAUAUCUUGACGCAAAGGCCUCCAGUGGAAUCAGCGUUGCAUUACAUCUUCGAGUUGCACAAGGGAGCUAAAUGCUGGAAGCGUGUUCCUCAUUCUCAUGAACUUCUAGCUGACAACAACCAUACACUGUGCUUACGCAGUAUGCUAGCUACCAAGCUCGAAAAUCUUCCUCCAGAGGUGUUGACUGCGAUCUGUACAUCACUCGGAGACGACCAAGCGGGACUCUUGUCGAUCUCUCAGGCUUCAAAAUAUUUGCGGGCUAUUUCAGUCCCCAUCAUAUUCAAACAUAUCACCGUCGCGACAAUCACCAAACCAACAAUCGCCGCGCAUGUCUCUAGUGUCCAUUGUCCAUCAUCACGGGGCGCCGUGCCUGCCAUCAACGAGGAAGACAUGGAUUUCAUCCUUCAGACAGCCUCCAAAUUUGACGUCCCGGUUCCGGAACUACUCCGCCUCGGCGGUGCUCACCCUUCUCUCGAGGGUAGGCGGGGCUGGGCCCUUAGUGACGACGAUAUGCAGCGGCUCGUCACUGUGCGUGCGUUCUUCGCAGAACUCAUCAUCGCACAUACGCCCAACAUCCUCACACUCGACUAUAGUAUAGGCCGCUAUCGGAAUGCCUUCCAAGUGUUAAUGACGAUUCAAGACUCAUCCUCGUUCCACCGUCAGCCCAUGUUCCCUUUGUUGAAAAACGUCCACCUGCGGCUAUUCGGGCCCGGCACCUUUCUCCGGCCACUGAGUGAGAUGGCUCCCAAUCUUCAAACCCUCCGUAUACAGGGCGUAACGGCACCGAUGGAAGGCUGGCACUUUGAAAAGGUCAAGGAUCUCCGACUUAGCUCAUCAAACUUCACGGGCUCAGAGCUCAGGGGCAUCUUGACAGGGUGUCCCGCUUUAAUUAACUUUGAGUACGAUUACUAUUCUCUCAGAGACGAGAGAUGUGCUCCGCAAGAUGUGGUUGACGCUUUGGAGAGCUUUGAACCACAAUUGGAAGGACUUUCUUUAAAGUUCCAUUCCAACACGUGGGCAGGCCGGAGAAGAGAGCCAUCGACUACGGAUCAGAAUCAGCCCAAUUCGGGGCUCAUCACCUCUCUAAAGCAUUUCACAGCCUUGAUGAAUUUACAGCUUGACAGUGUGUGCUUGUGGGAAGACGCAGUUGAGGGAUCGGCUGGCGAGGAUCAAGGAAAUGGGACGGAACAAAUAUUCGUCAAUCUUCUACCAAGAGCCGUAAGGAGUUUGCGCGUCACAUACAAGAGCCCUAGACCGUUCCAUGAUGCCCUACCCGUUUUUGCGCGCAAUCUUGAGGAUUGCUGCCCUGAGUUACAACUAGUUCACAACAAACUGCUUUUUGAUGGUCCGUUGUCUCAAGGUCUCUUGGACCAACUGCGGCAGGUUAGGGAACAAUUUGUUCUACUUGGUCUCACUUUUGAAUUCGAUGUUUCGAGGCUAAACGGAUGUGUGUAUGUCAACUUGGAUGAUGGAGGUCUGCCGGUUUCCAUUGAGACGAUGACUGAAGAAGAAUGGAUUCUUUCUGAAUUAGGCUGA